CUACAAAGGGGUGGUAUACUUGUAUAAUCGACUUUUAUUUUUUCAGAAUGCAAAACCAAAUCGUCAGCGACAUGUCCCCCAGCGAUAGUACUAUACUAGUAGCUUUUUUGAUCGAUCUUUAGAUCGUGAUAUGUUAGAAUCAUAUCGUAGGGGAUUGUGACCUACUUCUUUGAAAUUCAUCCUUUUCCAUUUCCAAGAAAGUAAGUUGUAUCGCUUUCUUAGAUCUUAGAAUUUGGUGUUGAAUCAUUCACAAACAAAAUGGCAGCAGCAUCACGGAGCUUCGCAUCCGCGCCAAGCGGUGGAACAACAGCCCCCGGCGACGUUUUCCGGGACUUAACUCUGCGUCAAGCCGACUCGGUCUUGCAGAAAAGCCCAAGUGCUAGCACGCUGUUCGAGUUGAUGCGCAUCACGACACCAGAACUAGAUGAGAGAGAUUUUUACCGGACCAAGAGUCUGCGGGACAGCAGCUGGAAGGAAUUCAUUCGAAGAGCACACCCUGACAAACACAGCAACAAUCCGGCGAGCACGAGCGUGUUUCAACGGGCUCAGGACUUGCGGAGAGAAUUGGAUAAGCUGGAUUGGGACAGAGAAUGGACAGAGAAAACCAUUCACCUGAAAAAUGGCAGCACGAUUUCAAAUGGAGGAGCAGCGUCGAAGGGUAAAAAUAGUUUCUACAACACCUCCUGCUCUAAUGGACAACAAGGACGACAAGAAAAUCAGUAUCAGGCUGGGGGAGCUAAUCUAAAUAGUUCACCUCCACCUCGAGCAGGCUUCAAUACUUGGAGCGCUCCUCCUCCAGGAAACGCCGCUGGAGGUUCAACAGGGUUCAACCACCAGUCUUCAACAUCUUCAACUGGUGGGGCUGGACCGUACACGCAAUAUUCAGGAGGAGCAAAGACAGCACCACCUCAACCUCAACCUGCGCAGGACGAGGACCAGAGUAUGUUCCCUGCCUGUUUUUCAGUAUACGAGAAGUGGCCCUGGUUGAAGCAGAACGACGGCGAGCUAACGUUUUUUGACGCACAGAGGUGGAACUGCACUCUUCGAGACUGUGCAAAGACAGAAAAAGCAGCACAAGAAGCGACAACAUCUUCAAUAAAGGCUCCUUUUUGUGGAGGGUCUUUUGCUGGGAAUCCUGGUGGAACGAGCAAGAAAGGAGGCAAUAUCUUCGGAGGCAAUUGUAACAGCACUAGCACACCAAGCAAAGCCUUUGGAGGAGGGUUCGGCGCCGCAUCAUCAGAUCCAAACAACAUCUUUGCUGGAGGUAAGGGUCUUUUCGGCGAUACUGCUCUUUUUGGGAAAAAGAAGUCCUCCUCGACGAACAGUCAGAAUCAAGGUACUUCUAGUGGAACUGGUACCCAGAAUCCUUUUGGCAACGGCAAUAUUUUCGGAGGAAAGACAGCGUUUGGAGGUGGUUCAGCAUCGACCGGUGGAGGAGUAUUUGGUGGUGGUUCCUCAGCGUCAACUACUUCGUCUGGGUGGUCCAAUACCGCUGCCGAUACCGAUUCGUCUUCCGCAGGACCUCCGCCGCCCGCACUCCACGUGACAACCAUCUGCCGCUUCUUGAACCUCCGUGGUGCCAUUGUACAUGGCCGUGCAAUAGGUUUGCCGUUUCAGCACACAACAAAUUUGACAGAACGAGGUCUCAAAGGGUCGCUUACUGGAACAUGGCUAGGCGAAUCAGCGCAAGAGCGAUUGGCAGCUUUCGGCGGUGCCAAAGUCCUGUCAUCCAGAGCAGCCAUAAAGCGCGAACUGAUGGAGCGAGGACCAGUGGUACUUACAAAAUCACAAUUUUGAAAUCAAAGCCACCUACUCAAAUUUCUGCCACGACAUCAAUAAGAUUUUUUUCAACAUGAUGACCGUGAUCUCUUCAUCAGGUGAGUACGUCCUUUCGUUUGGAGCAGAUUUUUGCUGAGCGCAGUGGGCAUUUGUUCGAUCUACGGAGAGUAGGAAAUACCCACGAUUUGAUUAUCGUUGGGUGGGAGAUUGGGCUGUGCGGCGAGUGCUGGCUAGUUCGAGCUAGGGACACUUACUCUCGUGGCGUUUUUGGAGCCUGGUGCCGCGACGAAAAGGCUGCAACUACUGCAACUACUACAGGAGGUACAACUGCUCAACUCGGAAGCGGCGAUCCAAACAGCACAUCCUCGGGGAGUGGUACGCCCCCCGAUGUUUUCCCGAUUGGAUUCGGCCAGUUUGGGAUUGAAGACCGAGUCGUGUCACUACAAAGCAACAGUAUGCUAGUGAAUUCGAUUACGUGGCAGCCAGGGCCUUAUCUUGAUGUGGAUGAGGAUGCGGUGUCUUCUGCGGAAGUGUUACCAACGGACGCGGAAAGCGAUACGCUUACGGGUAGCACCCCUAAAAGCAAGACUUCUAAGAGAACAAAGCUUUCUGUUCAGCUUACUGCAGAGCAGGUGCAAAAGUUGAUAUUGGAGCUAGGUGGUGGGACUUUGGCUCCUCUGUUUCAGAAAAAGGUUUUCGUUGAGAUCCGCUUGAAGAAUCGAUCUGCUGGCAGUCGUAGGAUACAGGUGUCGGAUCUGUCGUUGCCGACUUUGGAACUCUUCGGAGGACAGGUCAAAGAUGCCAAGCGACCUUGGCUCUUGUCAGGCUUGCUUGUGGUGUAAACUAGAGGCUUGUUUUAUUUCUUAUUUCGAUGUACAUGUUGAUGUUGAUCAUCCUUUAUUUUCCUUGACACGCAUGAUCUGCCGUUAUUUUACGGGCCCCAAUGACGCAACCCUCCCGAAAUCAGAACUGAAUCUGUUGAGUAUGACUUGUUCAGCAUACGUUAUACAUGGCGUGUUAAG